UUGGCUGUGACUGAUAAAUAUAGUUCUCUUCACAAAGAAAUGUCGUGCAAAACACUGACCUCAUGGCAUAUGUUGACACCGCAGACCUGACAGAUGAAACUUUAAAAAUGUGCAAUGUGCAGUAUACCAGGUGAAUAUGGAUAAGGACUAGCAAAUCAUUUCGAAAUCACAGGUAGUUCAUUUAGAUAUGGAUUUGGACUAACUGAUCGGUUCCUCAAUACAGUGUGGCUGAAAAUAUGGUGUAAAGCAGGGGAGGGGUUUCGUUCAGUUAAGAAUAGCCUACAUGCGCUUUGAGAGGAGACAGGCAACAGUUCGGACAGCAGACCACAUCGCUCCCCACUGUCUCCAUUCACGGCAUUUACUGGAACCGAGCUUGAUUUAAAGUUCUUAGCUAACAAAGCUGACUUUACAUUGGAAGAACACGACUUGCUCCUCUUGCAGUUGAAUGGAAAUAAAAGACAUUCUGUGACCUUGGAAGAUGAAGAUGUUGUUGCCAUGGGAACUCUUAAUCCUGCUGUCACUCAAGAGCUGCCUAGCAGAGAGAAUUAUUCGACAUGGCCCAGUGUUCACCCAAGAGCCCAGUGACAGCGUUUUCCCUUUAAGCGCAGAAGACAACAAGAUAUUCAUUAAUUGCAAAGCCAAGGGAAGUCCAACACCACAUUACAAGUGGAAAUUCAAUGGGAAAGAUCUAGAUAUUGACAUGGACUUCAACUACAGCCUUGUUGAGGGAAACCUUUUGAUCAAUAACCCUCUGGCAACUAAGCAUAGUGGUGUUUACCAGUGUAUCACCACUAAUGCAUUUGGAACCAUCCUGAGCCGAGAGGCUAAAGUUGAAUUUGCAUACUUGCAGAAUUUCAGCAGCAAGGCCAGAAGUCCAGUAUUAGUGAGAGAAGGACAGGCUGUUGUGCUCUUGUGUGGUCCACCGCCCCACUUCGGAGAAAUCAGAUACUCCUGGAUAUUUAAUGGCCGCCCCAGCAUCGUUGUUGGGGACAACCGACGAUUUGUGUCCCAGAGGACUGGAAACUUGUAUAUUGCAAAAGUUGAGACAUCAGACGUGGGCAACUACACGUGUGUGGUAAGGAAUGUGAUGACCAAUACGACCGUCUACAGUUCCCCGACUCCAGUGGUGUUACGUCGGGAUGCUGUGAUGGGGGAGUAUGAGCCAAAGAUUGAAGUCCAGUUUGAAAAAAUGCUCCACGUUGCCAAAGGAUCAUCAGUUCGACUGGAGUGUUUCGCUUUAGGAAAUCCAGUGCCUUCUAUAUCCUGGAAGAGAGCGGACGGAAGCCCCUUCCCUGGAAAAAUGAAGAUAAAUCACUCAAAUGGUGUCCUAGAGAUCCCAUAUUUCCGUCCAGAGGAUUCUGGACUUUAUGAAUGCGUGGCUGAAAACUCCAAAGGACGUAGUAUUGCAAAAGGACGUCUUGUAUUUCAAAAUGUGGAACACCUGCAGUGGUCGCAGACUCUGUAUGACGCAAACAUGGCUAUUGAGUCUGAUCUUCACUGGGAGUGCAAGGCUAAUGGAAAACCUCAGCCUGUUUACCGAUGGCUCAAGAAUGGACAGCCUUUGGUCUCUCAGGACAGAAUUCGUGUUGAUGGUGGUGGGCUAACCAUCUCCAACAUAAACCUGAUGGAUUCUGGGAUGUAUCAGUGUUUGGCAGAGAAUGAUAAUGGAGUUAUAUAUGCAAGUGCUGAGCUCAAAGUUGUGGCCUCUCCUCCAGACUUCUCAAAAAAACCAGUGAAGAAGACCACAAUGAUCCAGAGAGGCGGGGAAGCUAUCAUCGAAUGCCGGCCGCACGCAUCCCCCAGAGCUUCGUACUCUUGGAGGAGAGGCAGCGAGUUUCUGAAAGACAGCCAGAGGCGGACCAUCUCAGAUGACGGGACUCUCAGAAUUGCCAAUGUUACCAAAUCUGACGCAGGGAGGUACACUUGUGUCGCCAGAAACCCCUUCGGUACAUCCAGCAGUUCUGGGACUUUAGUGGUCAAAGAACCAACCAAGAUUACAGUCCCUCCUUUGAGUAUGGAUGCCACAGUAGGGGAGAGCAUUGUCUUGCCGUGUGAAGUAUCUAAAGACUCCACUCUGAACCCCAUCUUCAAGUGGUUCUUCAACGGCAAGCUCAUCGAUUUCACUCGACACGAUCACUUUGGGAUGAUUGGAGGGGGCUCUUCUGGGGAUCUUAUGAUCAGGAACGUGCAGCUGAAGCACUCUGGGAAGUACGUCUGUAUGGUGCAUACAGUAGUGGACAGUGUGUCUGCGGCGGCAGACUUAAUUGUCAGAGAACCUUUUGUAUUUCCAUCAUCAAGUGAAGGAUCUCUCUCCCUGGUUCUGAAUAUUAAACAUGUCGCCUUUUGUGGGCAGACUUGUCUCAGACCGCAAGGGCCCCCUGGUGCUCCGGUGGGUGUGUUGGUGGGGGACGUCACAGACAGGUCUGCUCAGCUCUCGUGGGGCCCCGGACCUGACAACCACAGUCCUGUUACCCUCUACAUCGUGCAAGCAAGGACCCCUUUCUCUAUCGGCUGGCAGGCAGUCAAAACUGUUCCUGAUUCUGUGCCCGGACAGAUGAUUCAUGCGACAGUGGUGAAUCUAAAUCCGUGGGUAGAUUAUGAAUUUAGAGUUGUGGCUAUCAACAGCGUGGGGGUGGGGGAACCCAGCGUGCCAUCCAAACCUGUGCACACCAAAGCUGCAGAUCCUGAAGUCGCCCCAGCUAACGUGAGUGGAGGUGGAGGAAGCCGAGGCGAACUGGUGAUUGCUUGGGAGCCUGUGCCAGAGGAGCUACAAAAUGGAGAGAAGUUUGGCUACGUGGUGGCAUUUCGUCCACUUGGCACCACGACAUGGAAACAAAGCGUGUUGGCCUUGGCAGAUGCAUCACGCUACAUUUAUAAAAAUGAUACCUUUCCACCACUCACUCAGUUUGAAGUCAAAGUCGGCGUCUACAACGAGAUCGGAGAGGGACCGUUCAGCCCCGUGGUCAUUGUAUAUUCAGCAGAUGAAGAACCCUCCGUAGCUCCUCCCAGAGUCUGGGCCCGCACUCUAUCCGCAUCUGAGAUCGAGGUAUUUUGGGAACCUGUUCACCAAAGCGGCAGCAAAGGACGGAUAACGGGCUACGAGGUGCAGUGGUUGGAGGAUGGGUCACCUGAAAGUGAUGCAGAGAGAGUAAGGGUCACGGAAACCUCAGUCAACAUCACGGGUCUGAAGGGAAGCACACUUUAUCUGAUAUCAGUCAAAGCACACAACAGUGCAGGCACUGGACCCUCCAGCACACAAAUUACCAUCACCACCAAGAAGCCACCUCCAAGUCAACCCCCAGGGAAUAUUGAGUGGAACCUGACAAACUCAAAGGUCUUUCUGAACUGGGAACAUGUGAAGGCGAUGGACAAUGAAUCAGAAGUAACCGGCUACAAGGUUGUGUAUCGUCAGAACUGGCACAGAGGAAGCAGCGUAGUCGAGACCAACAGGACGUCCGUGGAGCUUCAGUUGCCAUCAGAAGAGGACCUGCUCGUUCAGAUCAAAGCCCUGAGUGACGGAGGAGACGGCAGCAGCAGUAGCCCCAUCCGUAUUCCAAAGAUGUCAAGUAAGGCUUCAUGCCUGAACUCAAGAGGAUACUUCAGUUCAGACGCAAGCAAGAUGGCCCAUGUUCACGGAGUAGUGUUUCUGAUCUUGUCAUGGUUGUUUUCAUAGAACUUUGCCUUUAUUUAAAGAUGAAGUGUGUCAUUUCCGUGCCACUGAUGUCACCGAAAUAGUUUCCCAAACAGAUAUCAAGCUAAAAAUGGCUUACUUAGAUUUUUGCAUACACACUUCAGCUUCAAUUCUUCUCAAAAUUAGGAUUGGGUGGAUAUAGCUACAUUUUAUUUUAUUUUACUAGUUUUUAGUUGUUGUUUUUUUUAAAGAAAAAAAACGUGACUCAGUUCCAUUGCCUUAUAUUGUGAUGGUUUUUACCUCUUUGUCAAACUAUUUGUCUUUUGUAUGUAGAUUUUAUGCAAAAAAAAGUAGGCUUUCUCUUGUAGCUAAUGAUUUUGCUUAGGUGUUCAGAGCUGAGAUUCACAUUGAGCGCAGUAUUAAGUCCUGUAAUGCAGUAGUGACCUGGAAUGUUGGAUCUUUAAGAGAAAUCCUUGAAUUGCUGUUUUUCCUUCUACACUUGUCAGUCAAGUCAGCGAUGCUGUGUUUGUGUAUGUAAAAAGGCCUUUAGAUAGAUGAAAUGCAUUAUGUUGUUUUACAUAAGCCCUGAGAGAUAUUAUUGUUUUGAAGAAUAGCGACAGUUUUGUUUGAUACAUAGUUUCUGGAUAAUUACAUAGAUUAGUAUGAAUUAUUGUUCUGGACAAUUAUGAAAGUCUGUUAUUUGAUGAUUUUUUUUAAUGAAACACAUUUCUUGUUUCUUUAAAUUUAACCCAUAACUCUCAUCUGCAGAGUUUGUACGCUUGACGAUGAGACCAAAGUGUGUCAUCAGAUCUUAGCUAAAACAGAUAUUCCCUCUGUUGUUUUCAUGUUUUCUAAAUAUCAAAAUUCAUGCAUCUUAAAGAAACGUUUUAUUCUUUUUUAUAUAUAUAUAUAAUUUUUUAUAAU